AUGACCCUUACGAGCAGCCCGUGUGAGCUAGACAACAUGAGCUUGUUUCAAGACCUCAAGUUGAAAAGGAGGAAGGUCGACUCCCGAUGUAGUAGCGACGACUCCCCGGUAUCCCUUGGAUCAGCAGGCUCGCCGCUCGGGAUCCAGCCGACGGACGCUCCUUCACCCAUAAACUUUCCUGCUCCAGGGGAGAGCAUGGCCGACACCUCGACCCUGUCGCCGGAGGCUAACAUGCCGAGCUCGCCGGGCUGCCCCGUGGUCAAAGUCAAAAGCGAGUAUCUGCUAGGCAUCCCGAGUCCAGGGACACCGCGAGAUCCUCUUCGCGGGGCGGCAAGUGGACUGGAAGCUCGUGAUACAGCCUGCUCGGACCGUGCGUCGCCAGAUUCAGUCUUCCCUGAUGCCACUUCGAUGGUGGGCUACAGAGUCGUCGAGGAACAGCAGCAGCAGCAGCAGCAGCAGCAGCAGCAUCAACAGCAGCAACAGCAGCAACAGCAGCAGCAGCAGCAGCAGCAACAACAGCAGCAACAGCACCAACAACAGCGUGCUGGUACACCUGUGCCGACCAGGCUGUCGCCAUAUUCGCCGAUGCAAGCGGUCUCCACGACUCCCAUGCCCCAAGAAGCGACUUCGAGGAGCGACAGCCCGGACAAGGGUGACUUAUCGUCGGCACAGACCAAGGAGGAGUCGGAUAACUCGGUUUUCGAUGGCGGAGGUGGCGGUGGUAGCGGCGGUGGCGGUCGUUCGGAGACCUCCAGUCAACCUAGUCACCGGAGUAGCCCGUCCUCUCAGUACAGCCCUAGCCAGAGCGUGAGCCCCAGCGCCAGCACGACGCACGUUACUCAACAACAGCAACCGCAAACUCCGCCGACACCGCCUAGACCCCGGGUACCUUCGGUGCCGCCUCACCUUCUGGCCCACCAUCAAUUUUGGUCGCAGAACAACGGUAUACAGGGAUUCGCCACGCAAAGGCUACUGAACGGGGUCAUCAGCAGUGCUGUUAACUAUGGACAGAACGUUGCAGUCGCGUCCACCAGUAGUACAAGUUUGAGUAGUAGCACGGGGAGCAGUGGGAAUGGGGCAACUUCCACGAGCAUUGGGGCAACUAGUACGGCUUCCUCGUGUGAAACGAUGAAACCACCGGCGCAAAGGCCAGCGCCGGCGCCCCCAAGACCACCUCCGACCGUGAUCAUGGGUGAGAUAGGUGGCGUGAGGACGAUGAUUUGGUCAGCGCCACCUUUGGACCCCGUACCACCGCCAGCGGCCUCGUGGACGGCCACGGCCGCGGCGGCAUCCUGUUCCUCGUCGGAAGAGUCGGCUGCUCAGCUACUCCUGAACCUAGGCCAGGAGUCCAGGGGCAAACCACCCUCCGUUCCCUAUUCCGGCCCGCCGCUCAACAUGGAGAGGUUAUGGGCCGGCGAUAUGACGCAACUGCCCGCGGCGCAGCAGAUGCAGGCUCUCAACUUGACAGCUUCCGGGUCCGGCCAGACGUGGGAGAGGAAUGGCGGAGUCGUCAAGUCGGAGACCGCGUCGCAGUCGAUGUCAGUGGCGCCACCUGCACCGCCGAUGCCACCUCAGGAACACGAGGAGGACGAGACGCCUAUGAUUUGUAUGAUUUGCGAGGACAAGGCUACCGGUCUACACUACGGCAUCAUCACGUGUGAAGGGUGUAAAGGGUUCUUCAAAAGAACCGUGCAGAAUAGGCGAGUGUACACGUGCGUGGCGGAAGGCGGUUGCGAAAUCACGAAAGCCCAGAGGAACAGGUGUCAGUACUGUCGCUUCAAAAAGUGCAUUGAACAGGGUAUGGUCCUUCAGGCUGUUCGAGAGGAUCGAAUGCCUGGGGGCAGAAAUUCUGGUGCUGUGUAUAACCUUUACAAGGUGAAGUACAAAAAGCACAAGAAAAGUAACAAAACGAGUGGAAUGGGAGGAGGCAUGGGUGGCAUAAGUAGUGGCGGUAACGUUGGCGGUGUUAACGGGUCGGGAUCCCUUGGUGGUAGCAAAAGCACCAUGGGUUCGACGAUGCUUGACAAACAUAUGGCUGUAGCCGCAGUUGCUCACCAUAGCCAACAGCAACAUGCACAGCUUGCUGGUGGCUUUCUUCACCAUCACAAGAUUUCGUCGGGCGACCCGCUCAACUCGCAAUCUACCACCAGUCACUCAGGUCACCCUGCCCAUUCGAGUCACCUUGUCAACGGGACGAUCCUGAAGACGGCGCUCACCAACCCCUCCGAAGUGGUACACUUAAGGCAGAGGCUAGACAACACAGUGAGCAGUUCGAGGGAUCGAGCUUUCCCUUUCGACGCGACCGUCGCCAUGAUCCAGUCCCUCAUAGACUGCGACGAGUUCCAAGAUAUUGCCACAUUAAGGAACUUGGACGAGCUGCUGGACCAUAAAUCAAACUUAAGCGACAAGCUGUGUCAGAUAGGGGACAGCAUAGUGUACAAGUUGGUGCAGUGGACCAAAAGGUUACCGUUUUACCUUGAGCUACCGGUCGAAGUUCACACGACGUUGCUCACCCACAAGUGGCACGAGAUCCUGGUGCUGACCACCUCCGCUUACCAAGCGAUACAUGGUCAGCACAAGUUCUCCAACGUCGGUAGCGACGUGAUGGGAACGGAUUUUAUGCAAGAAGUUUCGAACAACAUGUAUACGUUGCAAACGUGCCUAACGAACAUGAUGGGCCGGCCGAUAACCAUGGACCAAUUACAGCAAGACGUAGGACUCAUGGUGGAAAAGAUUACGUAUGUCACACUGAUGUUCAGGAGGGUGAGAUUACGGAUGGAAGAGUACGUCUGUCUGAAAGUAAUCACCAUGCUCUCGCAAGCAAAAUCACGUGGAGGUACAAUGGAAUUAGAACAUCUACAAGAACGGUACAUGAGCUGUCUGCGAAGUUUUGUCGAACACAGCGCGCCCCAACAGCCGAAUCGAUUUCACGAUCUACUCGUCAGGUUGCCCGAAGUACAAUCGGCGGCAGCUCUUCUACUUGAGAGUAAAAUGUUCUACGUUCCUUUCCUAUUGAACUCAACAAUUCAAAGAUAG